AUGAGUUCUCAAAAUGAAAACGAAAUUAUUUUUGCGGAAAUUUUACCCGAAAUUUCAAGAAAAUAUGAGAGUUCAAUGUUCGAGAAAUCGCUUGUGAUAUUUUUGAAAAAUUUACGAUUUGGAAAUGAUUUGUGAGUUUUUCUUUCAUUUAUGCUAAAUUUCUGCAUAAAAUUUUCAGGGAACAAUAUUUUGUUCAAAUUUCAAAAAUGAAAUGUUCAGUCGAAUUUGAUAUUUGUGUUGCGAUUCAUCAAAUAAAAAUUAAUGAAAAUGAGGAAAUGAUGUUUGGAAUAUUUUUGGAAAAGGAAAAAGAGAAGGAGGAAAUUGAAAAUGGUAGGUUGGCUAAAAUUAGAAUUAUUAAUUAAAUUAAUCUAUUUUUAAUCAUUUUGAAAAGUGAUCUUCUACAAGUUAAAAAAAAUUGGUUCCAAAUCUUUAAAAUUUGCGAUUUUUUUUAUUUUUCGAAAAAUUGUUUAUCCCAAAUAAAUUGCAACUUUCGAAAAUUUUUAAAAGAUAUGUUGUAAAAAAAAAUUCGGAGUUUUUUGAUCUGCAAACUUUUCUCAAUCCCCAUUUUUCCAGAUCACAUCGAAACCUCAAAUUCCAAAAUUAUUCGAGAACUUCAAGCUCAAAUCAUUCUUCCAAAUACAAAAGAACACAAAUCAAUAGAACUUCGAGAUUAUGAUAUCAGCCAUCAGAAUCCAUUUCUUCUCGAAAAAAUCUUGGAACUAUUUCGAAUCCCCAAAGAAUUGAUUAAAAUUCGUCAAAACCCAGAUUCAACUGAAAAUAUUUAUUUACACAUAAAUCUGCAAAAAGAAACCCAAACAAAUCGUUCAACAAUUUUCGAGGCAAUUCAAAUAUUAUUCGAAUUUAUCACAUGUUCUUCAAAACCAAUCAAAUCAAUUUCUUCCAUUUUUCUGCCAUUUGUGCAUUUCGGAAAAAUUCGAAUUUCGAUGGAAAAAAAAUGCGGCGAAAAUCGGGCAAAUGUGAAACUUUUCAGUUUUUAUGGAAGUUUGUUUGGAGAAAUACGUGGAAUUUCGAGUGAAGAUGGAGAAAUGGGAUUUGAGAAAAUUGGAUAUUUUUUGAGCGAAAAUGAUAUUUUGGAAACAAUUGGAAAGAGUGAGGAGGUGGAAGAUUUGUCGAAUUCUUCAGAAAUCAAUCAGAACAAAUCUGAGAGUUCAGAAAUUGAAGAUUUUCGAAAUUCUUCAGAAUCCGAGGAAAUAGCUGAAAAUUCAAAAUCCCUGGAACUUCUGGUACAAAAUUGCAAAGCUGAAGAUCUUACAAAUUCUUCAGAAUUCAAAGAAACUGCUGAAAUCUCAAAAAUUGAAGAUUCUAGGAAUAUUCUGGCACAAUCUUCUAAACAUGGAGAUGAGGAGAAUUCUGAAAAUUCAAAAAUUGAAAACACCUCGAAUUCAACUAAAGAUCUUUCGAAUUCCUCAUUCUCCUCAAAAAUUGCUUCAAUAAUUUCUGAUAAAAUGAAAUUACCAGGAAAAAAUCUCAAUUUUCAUGAAGAUAUCAAAUAUUUUGGGAUAGAUUCAAUUCGAAUCCUCGAGUUAGAAUAUCAUAUUUUAAAUGAAUUUCCAAAUUGUGCCAAUUCUGAUUCUGGAUUUUUAAUUGGAUGUAAAACAUUGCAAGAUGUUCAAAGCAGGAUAAUUCUGGAUCAGGGAGAAACAUCUGACUCCAAUAAAGCAGCCCAAAACAAUCCUGUACCAAAUCUAAACCCUGAUCCAUUCAAAAUUCCAUUGUCAUCGCAACAAAAACGAAUAUUAUUUAUAAAAAUGACUGAAGAUUCGAAACAAUUUGACGAAACAAUUCGCGUCGAAUUCAAAAAUAAAAAAGAGGCGGAGAUCCGAAUUAAUUGGAUUAUUAUGAGACAUUCAAUAUUGCGCACAAAUUAUUUCGAAGAUUUUCAAUUCAUUCUCUCUGCUACUGAAUGUUUCAUCAAAAUUUUGGAAAAAUCUCCGAAUAUCUUGGGUUGCAAUUUAGAAAUUUAUUCGGAGAAUCGAGAUAUUAUAUUGAUUUUUGAUCAUAUUUCCAUUGAUGGAAAAUCGCUGGCAAUUUUCAGAAACGAAUUCUUCUCCGAUGAGCAACUAUUCAGCUCCAAACCAAGGCAAUAUUAUGAAUACUGUACGAGAAAUAUUGAUUUCUCAGCUGCAGAAAAAUACUGGAAAACUCAAAAAUUCCAAGCAGCAGAACUACCAAAGGAUUCCUCCGGAUUUACAAUCAAAAAAAUGAUCCCAAAGAGAAUCCAAACCAAGAUUUCUGAAUUUCCUGGAAGUCGCUUCGAAGCAAUGACUCAUUUCAUAAGUCAAAUAUUGCCAGAAAAUUCAAAACUUGGAUUUGUAGUUGAUUUGAGAACUUUUGAAUUCAAUGAAACAAUGGGAUGUUUCAGCAAUUUAUUGCCAAUCAAUAACAAUAAUUCGGAGACUUCGAGUAUUCAGGAAAAGAUUCGAAAUGCUAGACGGUACUCAAUUUAUCCGUAUGAGAAAAUAGUGAAGUUAUCCGGUGAAAAUGGAGAAAUUAUUGAAGUUUUGAUAGUUGAUGAUGAAUUUGGAGCAGAAAAUAAUAAGAAACGAGUUCAUUUUUGUGAAGAAGAGAAAAAGCAACAAAAAAUAAUAGCGAAAUAUCCAAUGACUUGGUAUAUUCGAAAAAAAUCGAUUGAGGUUGAAUAUAUAUCGUCUCUUUAUUCAUCUGACGUCAUCAAUCAAUAUAUCAAAGAUGUUUUCAGCAAAAUCAAUGCUCGGGAGAAUUCAAAGAAGUUCUCAAAACUAAUCGGAAAAAAAUCUGAUUUUCCAAAACAUCAAUUUUUCACAAAAAUUCAAAAUUUGAAAAUUAAUGGGAGCUUUAGCUUAGAAAUCAAUAAAUUAUCAAUAAUCAAUCAAUAUCUCGAAAAGUACUGUAGUUUUUCGAUUGAAAAUGCGGUGAUAAUUGGUGGGUCUCGAUUGGAAAUAUUACACGGUGUAUUUGCUUCGUGGAAUUCUGGAUUAUUUGCAGUCCCAUUUCAUCAAGGAAAUACUUCAAAAACUAUUGAAAAAAUCAAAAAUAAGAUUGGAAAUUUUAUUGAUUUUGAUAUUGAUUCUCCAAAAAAUAACCUUCAAGCAAAUAAGUGCAGAUUUUUUAAUAGAUUAUCAAGUUAUGAUAUAUCUUAUGUCACAUGUACAUCUGGAAGUACAGGAGAACCCAAGUUAGUUGCAACUGCUUUCGAGGGACAUGCAAAUCUUGGGCGAAACUACACUGAAACCUAUUUUCUCAAUGAAAAUAGUGUGAUUUGUCAAACUGUUGAUCCAAGUUUCGAUAUAUUUUUUGCUGAUAUCACAAAAACCCUAAUAAAUAAUUCGUCAUUAAUUUUAUGUGAGGAUUCGAUUCCAAAUCCUCAAGAAAUCGAAAAAUGCCGGAAUGCUUAUAUAAUGCCAGCUUUCCUAUCAAAAAAUAGGGAUUUCGAAUGUUUCAGAAAUCUUGAAACUCUUCAAUUUGGAGGCGAAUCUCUUCAGAAAAAUGUGCUCCAGAAAAUCUUGGAUAAAUUUCCGUUGCUAAGAAUCUGGCAAGAAUAUGGGUUAACUGAACAGACUGUGUAUUCAACUAGAAAACGAAUGAAAAAUACAACUGAUUCGAGAAAUAUUGGAAAACCUUAUGAUAAUAUAAUAUGUGCAAUUGAUUCGAGGAAUUCAAAAUUGAUUUUGGAAGGAUGUGGAUUAAUGAGAGGAUAUUUUGGAUGUGGAGAAAUAUUGAGAAGAUUGGAAACUGGAGAUAUUGUGAAAUUAAAUAUUGAUGGAGAAAUUGAAUUUGUUGGUAGAAAUGAUUCACAAAUCAAAAUAAAUGGAUUUCGGAUUGAUCUUUUUGAAGUGAGUUUUAGUGAUUUUAUGUCUCAAAUUUUAGAGAAUCUUUUAUUCUCGAAAACUCUAGAAACUUUGACUAUUUCGAAAUUUUCAAAAAAAAAUCUAAAUUUCAAAAUUUCAAAUUUCCUUAUGUCGUCAACGCGGAACAUCGUUGUGAACUAAGAAGAUGAUAAAUUUCCUGAUCAAAAUGUUUAGCCCAUUCCGAAUUAAAAUAAUUCUUGCAGAUCGAAGAAAUCGUAAUGUCAUCUCAAUUGGUUAAUUCCUGCUCUUGCAUUAUUUUCAAGAAAAAAGAGAUUGCAUUAUUUUUCAUCGGAAAUUGCUCAAUAGAAAAACUGGAAGACUUUCUCAAAAAUAAUUUGGUUUCUUAUAAAAUUCCAAAUCGAGUUAUCAAAUUACAAGAAUUCCCAUUGACAAGGUUGGUUUUUAGGAUUUUAUGUGGAUUUUCAUAGAAAAAAAACAUUUAAAAAAGUAUCCCAAAUUUCUAGAAUUUAUUUGAGAAAAAUUUUAUCUUCAAAAUUGAAUAAAAUUGUGCCAAAAUAAUAUUUACAAUUUCAGAACUGGGAAAAUCGACAAACUGAAACUAUGCACAAUUAUUGAUCAAGAAACUCAUAAAUCGACCCCAAACCCAACUGAAAACCCUUCAGAAAUCCAAGAAUUGAUUCGAAAAUGGCUUGAAUAUUACAGCGAAUCAAAAAUCACUUCCCCAGAUUCGGAUAUAUUCAAAGACGGUAUUGAUUCAAUUUCAAUUAUGUUAACAAUUCAAAAAUUGAAAAGUUUGGGAAUUAUUUUGAACCCUAAAAAAUUCUUUGAACUUCGAACCCUUCGGAAAAUAUCUCAAGAAGCUUAUGAGGUAGUCGAGAAAACUUCUGAAGUUCAAAAAUUGGAGCCAAACUCCAGUUAUGAUAUCAAAUUGAAUCAUAUUCAAGAAAGAAUAUUGUUUGAAUGUCGAAUGGCUGAAAAUCCAGAUAUUUAUCGAUUAAACUUCAAUAUUCAGACUUUGCAGAGAAAUAGUUCUGAACUAAGAAAUCGGAUAAAUUCUAUAGUUUGCGGAAAUCAUUUGAUUCGCUCGAAACUUUCGAGAAAACGUGGAAAAUGGAUUUUUGAAGUUUUAUCCGCGACUGAAGUUUUUUACACAAGCUUUCAAACAUCAUUGGUUUCUCCGAAGUUUUAUGAGACAUGGAUUCGAGUCAAAUCAGAAAACACAAUUGAAAUCAGUAUUCAUCAUAUAAUUUGUGACGCCAGAAGUUUGCAAAUUCUCAAAAAUCAAUUGAUGAACGGAGAUAAACAAUUUGAGAAUAAUUUUGAAUUAGAAAAUUCAAGACUUGAAUAUCUAGAAGUUUCAAAUCAUCGGAUCUUCUCUUUGCUAUCAUCUAGAAAAUCCUCGAUUAAAUCAUUCGAACUUGGAGUAACUUAUUCAACACCCGAAGUAUUCCAACUCUACGCCAAUUCCCUUCGAAAAAUCUUCAAAAUUCGAGAAGAUUUUGCAAUUUCAAUGACAUUUGCAAAUAGAUCGACUGAAAAUUGGGGAACAGUUUCAAUGUUUGCAAAUACAUUGCCAAUUUCAAUUAAACAAAAUGAUGAUCUACAAACUAUUUCAGAAAGAAUUAUUGAGAUAAAUCAGAAAUAUUCGAAUGUGGAAUAUAGAACAAAAACUGAUUUUGCUAUUAAUUUUCAUGAUGAAAUUUUACCUGACGAAGUUUCGAACUCCUUCAAUCAAUUUCCAAUUCUCCUCACAAUUUCUAAUUCAAAACAUCUUGCAAGACUCGAAUAUAAUUCUGAACUAAUUUCUGAAUCACAAAUCAAUCUUCUAAUUGAUUCAUUGACCUAUCAAACUAAUAAAAAUCAAAUUAUUCAAUUUUUCAAGGAAAUCUUGCAAUCAGAAGAGAUCAGCGAGAAUGACAAUUUCUUCGAUAAAGGUGGACAUUCUUUAACAGCCAUGAGAUUAGUUGAUUUGAUAAAUGAACAAAAAUCAAUCGAUAUUCCGAUUAGAUUGCUUUUUGAGAACCCGACACCAAGAUUAUUGGAAAACGCGAUUCAGAAUUAUGGGAGAUCAGAAACGUCUCAAAUUCCCACUGAAGAUCAGCUAACUCCAACCACAUUACCAAUGCAUUUCAAUUUAUCCGAUCAACAACUUCAAAUGUUCUAUCUCUCUCAAAUCACCCAAUUUUCCACAGAAUAUCAAUUACCAUUUAUUCAAGGAUUCCCAUCAAAUAUUGAAGUGAAAUCAAUUCAUCGCGCACUUCUCAACACAAUUCAACAGCAGAAUAUAUAUCGAACAAUAUUUGAAAUUGAUGAGAAAACAGGAGAGCCAAUUCAGAAAAUUAUAUCACUAACUGAAUGUUUUAUUCCGAUGACAAUUUUAAAAUUCGAAAAUGAUACUGAACUCUUUGAUGGAAUUCGGAGCCUUUGCAAUGAGAUAAUUGAUGUUCUCGAUGGUCGCCCAUUAAUUCGCGCCGUUUUUCUACAAAGUUCCGGGAGAAACGUGGCAUUUCUCCAUUUACAUCAUUUAAUAAGUGAUGCUCGAUCAACUCAAAUAACCAAUCAAACUAUGAAUCAAUUUAUGAAACUAAGAAAUUCUCCAGAACCUUUGAAAUAUAAUUAUAGCGAUUACUGUACUGAAAUCAGGAAACCAGUGGAUAUUGAUGAAAAAUAUAUGAAUAGUUUGCUCCAAGCAAAACCUUUCAAUGAAACAAGGCAAGAAAAAAUAGAAGUUGUAAAACUGUCUAUUGAAAUUGAUGAAGAUCUUGUAAAUCAACAUCGAAAAUAUAAUCUAACCCCAUUCAAUUUAUUCCUUCAAAAAUGUUCCACUGCAAUUUCGAAGGAAAAAGGAAUCAAUAUCGCAUUUCCAAUCUUGAAUCGAAAUGAGAAAACAAUGAAUAUUUGCGGAUAUUUUUUGAAUAAUUUAGUGAUUAACACAGAUUCGGAAUUUAGUGUAUCUCAAAUCAUCGAUAUGAAUUAUCCAUAUUUAAAUGUGAUUCAAAAAUUCCGUACAAAAUCAAAAAACGAAAUUGCGAGUGUUUAUUUGAAUUGUAGAUAUGAUUUGGAAUAUGAUGAAAGCGAUGAUGAACAACUUCUUGAUCUAAUUCCAACAAAACUACACUUUCCUAUUGAAUUCGAUGUGGAUCUUGUGAAAAAUAAAUAUAAAUUGACAAUGCGAUCAAAUCGAUAUACAUUUGAAGAAGUUUCGAGGAUUCUAAAUGAAAUCAGGGGAUCUAUUGUAGGUGACAACAAGGACAGAAAGAAAAAAAUAAAGAAUGGAAUAAUAUUUGGAAAAAGAAAAGAUAUCCCAAGUCAUCCCUGGCCAAAUCUUCUCCAAAAACUUUUCCAAUCAAAAUCCCAACUCACUGAUUCCUUCUCAUAUUCCCAAGCUUAUUCAUUCAUUUCCACUCAAGCCUUAGAAAUCCAAAACCAAAAUUUCCGUAAAAAAGUGUCAACUAUCAGGUCAGAUGAUAUAAUCGGAAUAAUUGGCACAAAAUCGAUUGAAACAACUCUAACUUGUUUAGCAGUUCAAAUCGCAGGAGGUGCAUAUCUUCCGAUAGAUCAAAGUUAUCCAGAAAAUCGAAUAUCACAAAUAAUCAAGGAUACAUCAAUGGUCUUCGAGGUAAUUGGGAAAAAUUAUAGGAGUUCUGGGAGAAUAUUUAAUAUUUCAAAUAAUCAUUGUUUAUCUUAUAUUAUAACAACAAGUGGAACAACUGGAAAACCAAAAUCGGUUUGUAUUUCUGGAAAAUCAGUGGUUAAUUUGAGGUGAGUAAGGAAAAAAACAAAAUAGUUUUUCAUGCAAAUGUUCAUUUUCCAAAAAAUGGAAAAAUUGAGAAAAAACAACGAGCCUCCGCGUUGACGGCAUGUGUUCAGGGAAUCACGGGCGAGAUCUACGCGAUUCGCGGGCGUCCAGCGUUUUGCGGAAACUUCGCGGUGGACAUUUGCGAAUUGCGCAAAUUUAGCGAAGUGACUCGGUCGAAAAUAUUUUGUCGCGAGAUUUCCGCAAAACGCAGAGAAGUUCGCGUUUCGCGUGAAUUUCGCGGGCUGUCUCGACGAGAGUGCAGAUAUAUGAAACACGUUUCAGCGAUAUGAGUCGUGCGCGUGGAUGGUCAAGUGGGUAAAAGGGAUGUGUGUGAGCCAGAGAGUGUCGGAUCGAGGCCGGCCGAGUGAGUAUGAUUAAAAGCGAUUAGUUGUGUCUCGCGUCGCCUCUACUUUUUGAUUUUUGAGAGAGAACCGCGAGAUUUUCGCGAUUCGCAGACAGAAAACCGCGAAAUCGCGGCGUGUUCGCGGCGAUUUCGCGGAUUUCUGGGUCCCGCGAAUCGCGGAGAUCUCGCCCGUGAUUCCCUGAGUGGUUUGAACUUUUUAAGUUUCUGACUGAUCUGAGAACAUUUGGGCUUGUUUUAACUGACCUUAAUUUCAGUGUUUCUUCAACAUUGGAAAUGCUCGUUCGCUCAAAUUCUGGAAUUUAUCAAUUCACAAAUUUCGUCUACGAUAAUUCAGUAUUAGAAGUUGUUAUGACAAUAUCAUCUCAAGCCAGACUUAUAUAUUCAAAAGACUUCGAUCCAUCCGAAUUCUCAAAAAUGAUUCGAUCCCAAAAUAUAACUCAUUGCCUAUUAUUUCCAAGUUUAGUUCAAUCAUUUGAUAUUCAAAAACUUCGAGAAUUAUCAUAUUGGAUUGUUGGCGGAGAAAAACUCUCAGAAAAAAUCAUGAAAAAUGCGCUGAAAUUGGGAUGUUGUGUAAUUCAGAAUUACGGGCCAACUGAAACAACAGCAUUUGCUUUGAGCAAGAAAAUGAAAAUGGACGAUAUUUCAACAAAUAUUGGAUUGCCAGCUGUGAAUACGAGAAUAAAAUUGGAUGAAAAUGGAAUAUUAUUGAUUGAUGGAAUUGGAAAAAUGAGAGGAUAUUUGAAGAUGGAAAAACGAGAAAAAGAUAAAGAUUGGUAUAAUUCAGGAGAUUUGUGUCGGAUUCAGGAAAAUAAUCAAGUGAUUUUUGAAGGAAGAAAAGAUUCACAGGUUUGAUUUUUAAAACAAAAAACGUUUUUGGAUUUUUCUAGCAACGUGAGCUCAAAUUUUUUGAGAAAAUUUUAAAUUUAAAAAAUUUCAGCACAAAAACAUAUUAUCAGUUUCAGAAAAAGAGCCACGUAGAAUUUCUGAGUUUUCCAGCAUCAUUAACACAAAAAUGUCCAAGUGGAUUUUUCAUGCCAAAAACCCUCAAAAAAUCUCUCAAAUUCCCAUUUUUGCAGAUAAAAAUCCGCGGUUUCCGCGUCGAACUCGGCGAAAUCGAAAAAUGCAUCGAAGAUUUGGCCAAAAUCAAAAAAGUCAAAACAAUUUUCGACGAAGAAUCUCAAAAUAUCCACGCAUUUUACACGGGAAACAUAGAAGCUGAGGAAAUAAGAAAUCAUUGUCUGAAAAAUUUGGAGAAGCAUAAAGUUCCCAGCAAAUAUUUGAGAAUUAAAGAAUUUCCAUUAACUGAAAAUUCGAAAAUUGAUCUGGAAAAAGUUGAAAAAUAUGAGUAA